UUCCACCCUUUCUCACCAACCAAACUCCCCCUUUUCUCCACUAUUUUUCCCUCAUAAUAUUAUUUCAAACUUUAUAUAAUCACAUUUAUUUUUAUCACUUCAAAUAUUAUUCCUUAGUCAAUACAUUUAUACUUGUAUACACGCGUUUAUUAUUAUUAUUAUUAUUAUUAUUAUUAUUAUUAUUGUGUGAUGCAGGAGGCAUUGCCCUAUAAGAGAUGGGAGGUACUCCCACCGGUACUAGUGGCGAGUACCUCCUCAAAUAGUGGAGGUAAUGUUGGGAGUAACAAUAUUAAUAAUAGUAAUACGAUGGAGAGUUUGGUGAAGAAGAAUCCAGUGAUCGUGUUCGGGAAGCGAGGUUGUUGUAUGUGUCAUGUGGUGAGGAAAUUGUUGCUUGGGUUAGGAGUUAAUCCUCCUGUGUUUGAGAUUGAUAGUAGUAAUGCUAAUGAAUCUCUUUUGAUUAAUUCUUUGUCAAAAUUUGUAGUCAAUAAUAAUGGUGGAAAAAAUAAUAAUAGUGUAAACACCUUGCAAUUUCCUUUGGUGUUUGUGGGUGGGGAGCUUUUUGGUGGCCUAGAAAAGGUUAUGGCUACUCAUCUUUCUGGUGAAUUGGUGCCUAUUCUCAAACAAGCCGGCGCGUUAUGGCUCUAAACUACUACUACAUCCAUAAGAGUUUAGGAAUUUGAGGUAUUGUAUCAGUGUGACAAUUAAUUCUAUCCGAGAAAGUAGUUUCACAAAAAUACUUUGAUUCUUCAUAAAUAUUUGUCUUUUUUCAGAUUAUAUGAGUUAGGGCGAUAAAUAUUUUGAAUCGGAUCGAUGGGAGAAUCUUAUAUUGUAUGGGAAAUUUUACAAGUGCUAGAUUAUAUUUUGUGAUGGUAAUUUUUUAUGAGUUUUUAGUUGAAGGUAGAUUUUCUUGUACAUUGUUAUUAUUAUUCAUGAUUGUGUAUGUAUACCAUAAAGAAAAUGAUGGUGUUUAAUAAUAUUAAAUGAUUUCAUU